AUGAUGGCUGCGGCGCUGCCCGUUGAAGGCGAGGAGGCGGUGGACGUGCAGCUCAUUCGGCGGCGCAUGCAGCAAGGCCUGCCGCCCCAAGACGUGCAGGAGUAUCUAUGGCGUGUCAGGCUGGAAGCAGAAGGGAUCCCGGACGUGGUCGUGGCGCCAGACAUCGACCCGCGGCAGUUUGAUGCGCAACAGACCAGCAACAUGCCGACGCUGCAGAGUUUCGGGCUCGAGGAGACGGAUCCCAACCGCGUUCCUGACGACAAGUGGAGGAGGGAAUUGCUGGCGGAUUUUGCAGAGCUGAGGCAACUAAUUGCGCGCUGGGAGGCCAUCGGACCGCCCAAGGCGGAGACACUCACGGCAGGCAACGUCCCGACCGAGAUCUUGCGCACCAAAGUGCCUCGAAUGAGUGACGAGGAUGGAUGGAUCGCCUUCUUCUUCGGCAAACCAGGAGCUGAAGCGUCCGCUACUCCGCCGCACUUGAGACUACUGCUGCAGUUCGACCAGGUGCUGACCAGGAGGCUGCUGGACUACCACGCGGCGUGGCUCAGUGAGGAGGAGGCGGCGCCGCUGUCGCGAGCACGAGCAGUCUGGAUCUACGCGCUGCUUGCUAGGCUGGAUAAACCUGUUCAUGCGAAUGUGGCAGCAACAAUUCGACAGAUUCUGCGACGCUGUUGGACCUUGAGAAGCGAGCUGGAAGCCCCGUCCGAGGUCCAGCUCAAGUCGCUGAACAUCCUUAUUGUUAUCGCUGGAGAUUUCUUCGGCCAGCUGCAUGAUCUGGAGUAA